UGCUUCUCCCGCUACUCGACCUUGGUUGCCUCGAGAUUCAUACUGCAGCCAUGUCGGCUCAGAGGCAUACAGAUCAGGACGAGGAAGGGAAGAACAAUCACCACCAACCUCCUCUUUCUUCGCUCAUUCACCCUCAUCUGCACUCCAUCCUGGUCAUCUCAUCCGAGCACGGCCUACCCGAACCAAAAUGGUCGGCAAGCAAGCCGGACGAGAAGCGUAGCGAGUCUAGUGACAAGACGAUCACACCUUCAUCUUCUUCAACCAUCAAGGCCUCAAGCUCUCGUAGUCAGUCUGGCGAAGAGAGGCUCAGGACGUCCAGCUCCCAGAGUUCACUCUCAAAGCAACGAAAGCUUGGUUCCUCCUCCGGUAGCAGCAGGCAAUCCACGCCGUCGUCUCCACGUCGGUCCAGCGACAGCAAUCGUGAGGAUGGAGGCGAUGCUUUGACAACAGACGGCUCUCGCUCGAACACGGUGAUGAUGUCGCCGGCCAGUGAGCGAUCACAGCUCGACUUGAGCUCAAGUCCGCCCAAGGGGGACAGCCGAGAAUCCUCACCCGCCUCGAGCAAAAAGAGCAGCUCAGACAAGAGGAAGAAGGACAAGGAAUCGGUCAGACCCAGAACACAUAAUGAGCUGUGGGUCCAGGUGGCGGAUACCGUCAAAGUGGUUGCCGACGCUUUGAGAGCAGAAGAGCUCAGGGAGCCUAUGGGAAAGACGUCCUUCGUCAUCCACCUCUUGACCUUGUUCUCUCUGACCAUGACUCAACACGAUGUGCCUGCGUCUUCGCCGGUGCCACAGAAUGCGGCACAGGCUAGCAGAAGUCACAAGAGAGGCUCUUCUGCAGAGUCUUCGCUGUCAGAGGCCGCUGCCAAAUUGGACGGGAUCAACAUGGCUCAGAUUCAGUGCUUGAGAAGUCUGGCAAAUCUUUGCAUAGACAAUGACGACAAUCGAUCCGAGCUGGUUGCCCACGAUGUUCCCCUCUUCGUGCUUCGUCUCAUCAAGAACACGCUCGAGUCGUCACCCUCUGCCGAUGGCUGUUUCAGCAGUUCGACCCUACUACUGCUCAAAACUGCUAUGGGUGCGCUCUUGAACCUCCAAUUGGACCACAGUGAAAGCCGAAGAUGGCUACUCAAAUUGCCUCCUGCAGGCAGCAAACGCUUUGCCCACCACAACAACGGAGGCGACGGGAAAGGUCUAACGGAAGAGGAUCAUCGGGCGGCGCAUCCCAAUUGGCACAAUUCGCAUCACCAUGCAUCAGAUCCAAAUCGACCCGACGGGGGUGGGGGUCCUUUCGACAUGCCUGAAGCAGGGACCAUUCUGACUCUGCUGGAGGUAGCUACCGAUCCUCGUAUCUACUCUCCUGGGCUUGCGCUCCGUUCAAUUCUGGGUCAAGAUCCCAAAGAAGAGGACCAGGUUGAGUGGCAGCCGCCAUCAGGGCAGUGGGAUAGAGUGGAGUCAGGUGCCGAAGUCGCUUCUUGGGCGGCCAGGAUCAUCGAGGACCUUUUGAAUUUUGAAUUGGAGGAUGCAAAGGCUGCACAUGGCGGGGGCGAAGAGAUUGACACCUCGAUGUUGACUCUCUUCUCGAAGGCAGCGUUGGCAUCUCACGACCAGGCGUGGACUUGGCUCCCUCGCGCUCUGAGAGGAUUCAUGCCAGCGGAUAGAUCCUCCGCGGACGAUCCUUCACCGCACCUUGAGGAUCCGGACUCUGAUGGCCCAGAGGAUGCAGCACCUUUCUUGGACGCAGAUCUGACUAUACUGUCGCUCUGUGGAGAAUUGCUCGAGGCCUGCGCCAACAUCUAUCAAGGCAACGCUCCAGCCGCCGUGAAGUUCAAACGCAACGGGCUCCCCAAGCUGAACGAGCUCUUGAACUUCAUCGAGAAGGGAACCAGCCCUUUCGGUACGAACGCCUCUCCCGCGCCUGGUCUACUUGAACAGUAUGGGCUGGAGGUCGAGGAUGUGUCAAUGAUGGCGAAGGAGGUCUCAAGGGCAAAGUCGAAUGCUGUCAAGGCAGUCGUCUCGCUUGUAGGUGAGGACGAGAACAUGGCAGAGCUCUUUGGUGAUGGCGGAGCCUCUCCGUUCUUGCGGAGAAUGAAGACCUGGCUGCAGAUUGAUCGGUCCAAGCGAGAAGAUCUGGUGUCUUGCGCCCUGCUCUCCGUUGCGAAUUUGGCGAGAAGUGACGCGAACUGUGUGUCUCUCGUGAAGGAGCAUGAUCUGGUGCCACUUCUAGUCUCUUUGCUCCGGGGCAAGAGUUCCAUGCUUCUCUCGCACGCGGCUCUUGGUCUUCUCAAGAAUCUUUGCAUCCCAGUAGCAAACAAGAAGGUGAUCGGUGCAUCGGGCAUCUUCGAUUCCCUCACUUCGUUUCUGAUGAAGGACAAGGAUCACGCUCAGCCAAUCCAAUUUGCUGCUGUGGGUAUCGCAAAGCAUCUUGCCUACUCUCCUCGUGGCGGAAUGGAACGCAAUGUCUUUGCUAUUUGCCAUUCUGCGGGGGAGGGUAAGAAGAGCACCCUGGACGCCCUGCUAGAUCUGAUCAACAGAACGGAGGAUACUCCGACCAAGUUGGAGGCUACCAGGGUCCUAGUCAACAUCAUACGGACUCUUUGGGCUUCUUCCAAUCAUGAAGAACAGCACCAACCCGAAGACGAACGAGAAGACGACGUCGAUCUGUCGGAUGCCCGGACCAGGAUUGGAGACAGCAAUGUCAUCGACGCGCUCUGCGAUAUGUUGCGGCGAGGAAACAAGUACCCUAUCCUGCUCAAUGAGGCCAUCAUCGGUCUUACACUCUUGGCCAGCUCUGAGAGUGCAGAGAGAGCGGUCAUUAUUGCCGGCGCGCUUCUCGGCAAGGAGCGUCAUGGACGGAGCAUCGAUGAGUCUGCGACAGUGGAGGGCGAGGGCAAAGAUACACCCCCCUCGGGCGCCCAGGGCAAUGCUCAUGAUCUGCUGAACCGAGCUCCGCCCGCUAGGAGCUCAACGAUGGACUCGAUGAUGUCGACCUACUCUUCGACCACUGUCACUGCAGCCUCGGACAGUGCUGCUGAUGUUUUGUACGAAGUGCUGUGCCAUGCCUCUGCUUCCUCUGACUCUUCUACCGGGUCGGAGCAAGGUGCAAAGAAGGGGAGAGAUGUGCCCAUUGAGUUUGCAGAGAAUACGUGCACGUUGCUCUCGACUCUUGUGGGAGGUGGUCAGUCGGGUAAGGGCGAUGCUGGCAAGGACCUGAGCAUCAAGCUGCUGCCUGCCCUGAGGGGUCUGAAGAGCAGGACGGCGGGCAAGGGACGCGAGAGCACAAACAAGGCGGUGCAGCGGGCCUUGUCAUCGACGGAGGGAGCGAUCAAGCAGGAUUCAGAGUCGUGAGGGAUGUGACUGUGAAAAUAGAUUGCUGUUGCCUGUAUUUACUCUUCUCCUCUCUCUGUCCAUUGUCUGUUCUUGAAUGACUUGGAGCUCUGCC